AGAAAAUCGGAGUGAUGCUUUUCUUCCUCACCUCGAACCUGUCUGCGCAAAACCCCAGUUCCUCUCAGCAUUCGGACCUGGCUUGAGGAUCUCGUUGCCCCUCACUUCCCCGCCUCCACUGCGUUAGAUCCUCCCUCAGCUCGAACUCCAGAAAACCCACUUGAAGGAAUCCCAGACUCCCAACUCUGAACAUAACCCCGUUCGGGAGGACGCCGGAAAGUGGGCCUUACACGAUCAAAAAUCGCGGUAGCAUGUGGUAAUCGAUUAUUCUUUUUAAAUUUGGGUCGGUUUUUAUUUUUAUUUCUAUUAUUUUUAUUUUUAUUUUUUAUGAUCUUGAUUAUAAUUGUUAUGAUUAUGAUAGUGUUUGUUAUGUUUAUGUAGUGGGUUUUUAUUUAUUUUUGCUAAGAGUGUUAACUAUGAGUUUGCCUUAUUUUCAUAAUUUUUUUUUUAAAAAUCUCACUUUAUUUUUUGUUUUAAUGAGAGUUUGCCGUAUCCAACGUUGCUCAUCUUCCUCACCUUCAAAUUGUAAACUCAUCGCGGCACUGUGGGUCUGCUGAAGAGAAACUCGUGAGCCCUCUGUUGGGCUAGACGAUUCACCACAAUGUCGGAGGGAAGUGCCAGUAGCUAUAACUCCAACUAUAGGGGGCAUGUGUGUGACAUGAAUCAAUGCGUGUUGCGGACAUCUUUGCAGCUCCAUAAUUUCGGUAGACGGUUUUAUGGCUGUAGACAUUGGAAGCCUGGCAGUGACGAACAUUGUAAGUCCUUUAAAUGGUUGGAUGGCAUCCCAUGUAGGCGUGGAGCUGAAACAGCACCGAUUGUCAUUGUGAAAUUUACUAGGCUUGAGGCCGAGGCAGCUAUGGCAAAAAACAAUGAGAUGGAAGCCCGUGCAAUGAUAGCAGACCUACUCCACAGGGAAAGAGUAGCAAAGCGUAGUGCUGAAAAAGCAAAGAUUUCCCUUCGUAUGGCCAAUGCGCGAGCAUGUAAAUAUCAAGUUGCUCUACUUAUGUCAUGGUUGGCAAUUGUGGUGUUCAUUAUAUUUUCACUUGGUAAUAGGGAUGUUGGAUUACGGCAAAUGUGUCUGCCAUGACCUUUUUAAUUUUUAUUAGUUGUUUGGAAAUGUAUUGUACAU